AUGUCUGGGAAAGUUCAUGGUGGAAAAGGUAAAUCCGGUGCCAAGGACGGCAGUGGCAAUUUGAGAUCACAAUCAUCAUCCUCUAGAGCAGGUUUACAAUUCCCCGUAGGUAGAAUUAAGCGUUAUUUGAAGAAGAAUGCCAGUGGUAAGAUUCGUGUGGGUUCAAAGGCAGCUAUCUAUUUGACAGCAGUUUUGGAAUAUCUGACAGCAGAAGUGUUGGAGUUGGCUGGUAACGCUGCGAAGGAUCUCAAGGUCAAGAGGAUCACCCCUAGACAUCUGCAAUUGGCAAUCAGAGGUGAUGAUGAGCUGGACACUUUGAUCAGAGCCACCAUCGCGUCAGGUGGUGUUCUACCACACAUAAAUAAGGCUUUGCUAUUAAAAGUGGAAAAGAGGAAGUGA